GGAGCUAAGCGAAACUCAAUUUUUUCUGCAAACGCUCUAUUUGUACCGUAAAAAUCUAGUCAGAGGGGGAAGUGGAUCUUAAAACCCUAGGGUUUCAAUUCCGGGCCAUCCUAAUUUUAAUCCUAAUUUUGUUUCUAAAUGGAAGCCGAAGAGAACGAUUCCUCCAAACAUGACCAACCAUCAUCACCUCUUCUCUCCGUUGAUGAUGGCAACGACUUGGAUGUUAAGUGUGACACCCAUCGGGAGCUUCGCAGCAAUGAAGAACAGCAUUGUUUGUUCCAGUCCGCUAUUAAUGAAGUGGAGUUUCCAUCCAAUUCAAGCGUUGAAUCCUUGCAGCCGAGCGAUGCAAUUCGUGGGGAUGAGAGUCUUGUUGCAGAGACUUGUUUGGAGGUGGAGAAGAAGGAUAUGGUGGAGGAGACAGAGAUAGCCGGGGUGAAGGCUUGUCGUAACGGUAUUGAGGAUAUGGGGGAAGAUUCAGUGAAGUUGGAGGUUGAACCGGAUAUUGCGGCGAUGGGGUUAUUGGGGGAAACGGUUUUCAAUGAUGUGAAAGAGGAGGAUGCAGGGGCGGAGGAGGUGAAGGCUGUUGCUGAAUUUGGAGAAGGUGACUUGUUAUGUGAAAUGGAUUUGGUUGGUGGUGCUGAAAAUCAGGUUGAGGGCAACGUUUUGAUGGUGAAUCUUCCAGACAAUACUGUUGGCUGCGGUGAGACAGACACAUGCUUGAGUGAUGUUUUGGCUGAGCUUGCAGAAACGACUCCUUUUGUGCAUGGUGUAGAUACUACAGAUGCAGCCAAUUUGGUGGAGAAGAAAGAGGUGGAAGAAAAUGCCGAUGAUCCCAAAGAUUCGAAGGAUAUAGAGGUGGCAAAGCAAGAAAAUUUUUCUAUGGAGGAUGAGAAAUUAGGCGUCCCCGUGCAGCUUGUGGAGAAGUCCGAGUUGAAAGAAAGUUUGGUAGAUGGGGCUGUGGUGGAGGAAGGAAGGACGGAGAAUUUAGCUGACAGAACUGGUGAAACUUUGAAGAUGGAGAAUGAGUCAAGCAAUACUGAUGAGGUGGAGCUGGCGAAUUUUGCUAGUGAGAUUGAUGGGGCGGUAACUAUGGAGAAUACUGAAGACAAGACUGUUGAGGUGGAUGGAAUGUGUUUGGAAGACAAGGCUGCUGAUGCGACGACGAUGUCGGGAAAUUUGGCAGAUGAGACCCCAGAGAUCAAGGGAGUGCAAGUAACAGACGACAGCAUUGAAAUGUUGAAGAUUGAGAACGUUGAAGAUAGGGAAGCAGGGGUGCAAGAAUUGGGUGUGGCUGAUGAGAGUGCCGAAGUUGGAAAGAUUGAGAAUUUGGUAGAUGAGACUGCAGAGGCUGAGAAUGUGACAAACUACACAGCCGAAUCAAUGGAGAAUCUGGACGACAAGACUGCACAAAUGGAGGAAAUAGCUAUGGAAGAAGAGACUGAGGAAGCCGAUGACAGGGUUUAUUUGGUGGAUGAAGGGAUUGGAUCAGAGGAGAAUGAUGCAAACAUGACAUACUUGGUGGGGGAAACAGAAGCAGCGGAGGAGGUUGAGGAGAUGGAUGUUACAGAGGAGGUUGAUGAGGCAAGUAAAGGUAGCAGUGGGGCUAAAAGGAAGCGUGGAAAGAAUUUUAAAGCUCCAGCUAGAGUGCCUUCUAGGAAGAAGGUGGAAGAAGACGUUUGCUUUAUUUGUUUUGAUGGGGGUGACCUUGUACUCUGUGAUCGCAGAGGCUGUCCCAAGGCGUACCACCCUUCCUGUAUUAAUCGUGAUGAGGCGUUCUUCCGAGCCAAGGGUCGAUGGAAUUGUGGUUGGCAUCUUUGUAGUAACUGUGAGAAGACUGCCCACUACAUGUGUUACACAUGUACAUUUUCCUUGUGCAAGGGCUGCAUAAAAAAUGCUGUUAUUUUGUGUGUUAGAGGUAACAAAGGCUUCUGCGAGGCGUGCAUGAGAUUUGUUAUGUUGAUUGAAAAGAAUGAGCAGGGAAGUACAGAAAAGGGCCAAAUUGAUUUUAAUGACAAAACUAGCUGGGAAUAUCUUUUCAAGGAAUACUGGACUGACCUGAAAGGAAGCCUUUCUCUAACUUUGGAUGAACUUGUUCAUGCAAAAAACCCAUGGAAAGGAUCUGAAACACUAAAUAGCAGACCCGAUUCACCUGGCGAGCUAUAUGAUGGUAAUGUUGAUGGAGGAUCAGAUUUGGAAGUUUCUGAAAAUGAAGAAUCUGGUAGUUCUAAGAAAAGAAAAGCUAAGAGAAGGUCAAAAUCCCAAGCAAAGGAAACCAAUUCACCUAGUAUGCCAAUAAUACCUGAUUCUCAAGGGCCAUCCACGGAUAACAAUGUUGAGUGGGCAUCUAAAGAGCUCUUGGAGUUUGUUAUGCACAUGAAGAAUGGUGAUAGAACUGUUUUAUCUCAGUUUGACGUGCAGGCUCUUUUAUUAGAAUAUAUUAAAAGAAAUAAGCUUCGUGAUCCUCGUAGGAAAAGUCAAAUCAUAUGUGAUUCAAGACUUGAGAAUUUGUUUGGAAAGCCACGUGUAGGACAUUUUGAAAUGUUGAAGCUCCUAGAGUCACAUUUCCUCAUCAGAGAAGAUGUGCGGAUAAAUGAUCUCCAAGGGAGUGUUGCCGAUACUGAAUCAAGUCAGUUGGAAGGUGAUGGGUACACCGAUGCGUCGGGAAAGACUAGGAAAGAAAAGAAACGCCGGAUGCGGAAAAAAGGUGAUCAGAGAGGAUUGCAGUCUAACCUUGAUGACUAUGCAGCCAUUGAUAUUCACAACAUUAAUUUAAUCUACCUGAGACGUAAUUUGGUGGAAUAUCUGAUUGAAGACGAGGAGAGUUUUCAUGAAAAGGUUGUUGGUUCUUUUGUGAGGAUAAGAAUAUCAGGCAAUGCACAAAAACAAGAUUUAUACCGGCUGGUUCAAGUUGUAGGUACAAGCAAAGCAUCUGAGCCUUAUAAAGUUGGUAAAAAGAUGACAGAUAUCUUGCUAGAGAUCUUGAAUUUGAACAAGACAGAAGUGAUUUCAAUUGAUAUUAUCUCGAAUCAAGAGUUCACAGAGGAGGAGUGCAAGCGUCUCAGACAGAGCAUUAAGUGUGGAAUCCUUAACCGUCUGACUGUGGGUGACCUUCAGGAGAGAGCAAUGUCGCUUCAAGAUGCUAGAGUUAAGGAUUGGAUGGAAACCGAGAUAGUUCGACUGAGUCAUCUUCGUGAUCGAGCAAGUGAAAAAGGGCGUCGAAAAGAGCUUAGAGAAUGUGUUGAGAAACUACAGCUUUUGAAGACACCCGAGGAGCGGCAGCGCAGACUGGAGGAGCUACCGGGAAUACAUACAGACCCAAAUAUGGAUCCGAGUCAUGAAUCUGAAGAUGAGGACGAAGCAGAUGAUAAGAGACAAGAAACCUACACCUUGUCAAGAGGCUCAGGCUUUAGUAGGAGGACAAGGGAGCCAGUUUCUCCUGGAAAAGCAGGUUCAAAUUUGAAUGAUUCCUGGAGUGGUACUAGAAACUUUUCAAGCAUGAAUCGGGACUUGAGCAGGAACUUGUCUGGAAAAGGCUUCUCUAACCAAGGUGAAGAUGCCAUUGGUUCUGGUGAAAUAAUAAAUGAAAAUUCUUGGAGCCAUGGAAGGGAGGGAGAUGUUAAAAAAACAAAUAAGUGGGACAAGCAACAAGUUUCGCCUAGCUCAGAAAUGACUGCCGGGAAUGCCUCGUCUGGGGCAGCGUCUGAGUUGCCUUCUGCCGCUCGUUCGGUAAAUUCAGCAGCUCCAUCUGUAGGGACUACGCAAAAUGCUGCUAUAGUUAACGAAACAGAGAAGAUUUGGCGUUAUCAGGAUCCAUCUGGGAAAGUGCAGGGACCGUUUUCGAUGGUGCAACUUCGUAAGUGGAGUAACACAGGCUAUUUUCCUGCAGACUUGAGAGUAUGGAGAGCCUCAGACAAGCAAGACGACUCCCUACUUCUUACCGAUGUCUUAGCGGGAAAGAUCCCAAAGGAUACCUCAUCCGUGGACAACAAUAUUCAAGCACACGCACAUGCUUCUUCUUUCAUUGCAAAGCCUCAGGGAUCUACCGUGCAGUCAGGUAUGGAUGUUCAGAAUACUGGUACUUCAAAUCCACAUACUAAUCCAACUUCUUAUGGCCAAUCUGCUGGAGGAAGAUGGAAAUCUCAAACUGAAGUUAGCCCUACUGGUAUACCCGCCUCAGCUUCGAUAGAAGUCCCCAGGUACACAGGAGACCGAUGGUCGUCUGACCAUGGUAAUAAGGACUUUACGAGUCUUCCUUCUCCUACUCCCAGCUCAGGAGGAACGAAGGAGCAGCCAUUUCAAAUGCCUGCACCGUUCGCCUCCUCAGGAGGUGGUGGCAGUUUGCACGGUUCUUCACUUAUGCAAGGAUCCGAAAACGAUUCCUUGCGCUCACAUUCUGGCCUGAACGCCGCAGAAAAGGGCACGGGUUUAGGUCCUAUAAAUGGACUUCAAAAUCAUCAGUCUUUGCCAGUAAGGCCUUCAUCUAUCAUUGAUGAUACUUUGGUGAAUCCAGCUGCAGAUAUUAAAAGCAUUAGUGCAAAUCUUCAUUCUCUAGUACAAUCCAUCAACAGUCGCAAUCCUCCUAUUGAAACUAAAACUGUUGAAACAAACAUUUCUUCUAGCAUGCCGCCAGGACAAACUCUUCACAGGCGUUGGGGGGAGAUGUCACCUGCGCAAAAUGCUUCGACAGCGAGUUUUUCCACACCCGGUUUAACUAAUUUUUCAUCCUCUGAGCCUUGGCGAUCGAUGCCUCCUAUUCCGAGUAACCCGCCACCACACAUUCAGUCUUCAACUCCGCCUAAUAUACCGUGGGGAAUGGGUCCUCCUGAAGGUCAAAGCAACGUUCCACGACCCGGGUUGGAGUCUCAGAACCAUAGCUGGGGGCCAAUGCCAUCAGGAAAUCCAAACAUGACUUGGGCUCCAUCAGCACCUCCGAAUGCUACUGGUAUGAUGUGGGGGUCUUCAGCUCAAAGUUCUGCUUCUGUAGGUACAAACCCAGGUUGGAAUGCCCCAGGUCAAGGACCACCAGUCAGAAACAACAUUCAAGGAUGGCAAGCGCAUAGCUCCAUACCACCUCAGGUAAACGCAACCCCGAGUUGGGUUGCCCCCAACCUCGGACCGAUGCCACCUAUGAACAUGAAUCCCAAUUGGCAUGCCCCAUCAGCCAAUCAGGGCAUGUGGAGUAACGAACAUGGUAAGAAUGGGGAUAGAUUCUCGAACCCGGACAGUGGCUCUCACGGCGGAGAUCCAGGGAACGGAGGCAAAUCUUGGGGGAUGCCACCAUCUUAUGGCGGCGGAGGUUCUUCUAGGCUUCCUUACAGUAAUAAAGGGCAAAAAUUGUGCAAAUAUCAUGAAAGUGGACAUUGCAAGAAAGGAGGUUCUUGUGAUUACAGGCACAAGUAGAAUUUAGUUGUUUGACAGUGAUUAGAGAGCAAUUAAUUUUGUAUAGUCCUAUCAUUAUUCAGAGUUUUUCUUUGUAUAAACGCCCUGUUAUUAAUGUUAUACAUGUGCUACUUUUGCAAUUCUCUA